CCAACCCACGCCAGUUCCAUUGCGACAAUCCACUCCAUCUCUCCAGCUUCUCCAUUUUCGUCUCUACCAGCUUCAUAGCCACCUCUUUCCCCCCACAAGCCAGCUUCUCACCGAAACCGCAAUCAUGAAAGCUCUUAUUCUCGUUGGAGGGUUUGGCACCCGUCUUCGACCUCUCACUCUCACGCUUCCGAAGCCGUUGGUGGAGUUUGCCAACAAGCCUAUGAUCUACCAUCAGGUCAAAGCACUCGCCGCCGCGGGCGUCACAGACAUUGUGCUCGCAGUAAACUACAGACCAGAAAUCAUGACCGAGGCACUGCAAAAGUAUGAGAAAGAGUUUAAUGUUAGAAUUGAAUUCUCUGUCGAGACCGAGCCCCUGGGCACCGCUGGGCCUCUCAAGCUUGCUGAGAAGAUUCUAGGCAAGGACGACACGCCUUUCUUCGUCCUCAACUCGGAUGUCAUCUGUGAAUACCCAUUCAACGAGCUAGCAGAGUUCCACAGACAACACGGGCAGGAGGGUACAAUCAUCGUUACCAAGGUGGAAGAGCCUUCGAAAUACGGUGUCAUUGUGCACAAGCAUGACCACCCUUCGCGCAUUGAUCGCUUUGUGGAGAAGCCAAUUGAAUUCGUAGGCAACCGCAUUAACGCCGGUAUCUACAUCUUCAACCCCUCCGUGCUUAAGCGCAUCGAGCUUCGCCCAACCUCGAUCGAACAAGAGACCUUCCCCGCCAUCUGCAAGGACGGACAGCUCCACUCCUUUGACCUAGAAGGCUUUUGGAUGGAUGUUGGACAGCCCAAGGACUUUCUGGCUGGAACUUGCUUAUACCUCUCAUCGCUAACCAAGAAGAACUCCAAAGAACUUACUCCUGUGUCGGAGCCCUUCGUAUAUGGUGGUAACGUUCUCAUGGACCCUUCCGCAAAGGUCGGCAAGAACUGUCGUAUUGGCCCUAAUGUGACGAUUGGGCCCAAUGUAGUGAUUGGAGAUGGCGUUCGUCUCCAGCGGUGUGUGUUGCUAUCGGGUAGCAAGGUCAAAGACCACGCUUGGGUUAAGUCAACUAUAGUUGGCUGGAACAGCUCUGUUGGAAGGUGGGCUCGCUUGGAAAAUGUGACUGUUUUAGGAGACGAUGUCGCAAUCGGGGACGAAGUCUACGUGAAUGGUGGAUCCAUUCUUCCACACAAGACUAUCAAGCAGAACGUUGACGUUCCCGCUAUCAUCAUGUAAAAGAAAAAAAAAAACACCCUUCCCCCAAUGACACAGCCUCUCGACUCCCGCCACGGCGCAUCGUUCAAACAGUUUUUAAUACCCCAGCAUAUCAGUAUUCGUGUAUAUCAUUAGUU